CCCUCACACUCGACAAUGGAACCGGAGCUGGUGAUUGCUUCGUCGUCGACCGACGCCGGCGUUAGCUGCUGGGACCUCCACUCAGGCGCGGAACACCUCUCCUAUAAGAAUUGCUCUUCCCCCUCGCACGGCCUCGCCAUCGUCGCCGGCCGUUUUCUGGCCUCCUCUCAACUCCGCCAAACCAGAUCAUCUUCCGGCUCCAUCUUUUACUGGUCCUGGAACAAGCCUCAAGUAGAAGUAAAGAGCUUUCCAGCCGAACCGAUUACACCGCUUGUUUCUAAUGCUGAUGGAUCGUUUAUAGCUGGAGGUGGUGCGUCUGGAGAUAUAUACUUAUGGCAGGUUGCAAGUGGGAAACUUCUCAAGAAGUGGCAUGCUCAUUAUAGGGGAGUUACUUGCUUAGUCUUCAUUGAUGACCAAUCACUAUUGGUUUCCGGGGCGGAGGAUGGAAGUAUUAGAGUUUGGUCACUUAUAAUGGUAUUUGAUGAUUUUCUGAGGCAGCAGGCAAAACGACCCUUUGAGCAUAGUUUCUCUGAACAUACUCUAAAGGUGACUGAUAUUGUGGCUGGAAGUGGAGGAGCUAAUGCUAUAAUUAUCUCUGCUUCUGAGGACAGGACUUGCAAGGUAUGGAGCUUAUCAAGAGGGGUAGUCUUGAGAGAUAUUGUGUUUCCUUCAAUAAUUGAUGCUAUUGCAUUAGACCCUGGUGAACAUGUGUUUUAUGCUGGUGGUAGAGAUGGAAAGAUAUAUAUUGGUGCACUUAAUGCUUUAGCCCACUCAAACAGUAACUUUGGGCCAAACAUCGUUGGUUCUUUGACUGAACAUAGUAAGGGCAUUACAUGCUUAGCUUUCAGUAUGGAUGGAUCCCUGCUGGUUUCUGGAUCAGAGGAUGGCACGAUUCGAGUCUGGGAUACUAAAAACCACAACAUCACUCGCAUCUUUAGGCAUGGAAAAGGACCAGUUAACAAUAUUCUUGUUGUUAGACCACCAUCACAUUUAAGUGCACGAACAUCUAUUACUUCCCAUCCAUCCUCAACGAAGAGGCCAGGAUUACCAAUGCCACCACCAUUGGAAAAGUAUACUAAUUCUUCUGAUGAAAAUAAUGAUGUGAAAGCAUUCAUUGCCCCACAAAACAUUCCCAAUGUACAUCUUGAAGCAUCAUAUGUCAGUUGCCAGACCAUGAAUAACCAAAUCAGAGAACUUGAGCAAAGGGGUUCUUCUGCAGCAACUGAAAUAGAGACGGAAAGGCUAAAAGUUGAGCAUAAGAAAUCCAUGCAAAUGCUGCAGCAAUGGCAAAAGACAUACCGAGAUCUACAUCAGUUUUGUGUGUCCGAGAUAUUGAAUGGGGAACAAAUUGGAAAUGCUGAUGGCCAAGGCAUGUGAGAUGGCGUUUUAACAUAGAAAAUGGAACUUCUCCAAACUACACAUGUUGCAUCUGUACCACCCCGCAUAUCUUCGCUGUGACAAUUUCCCUGCCAUACGGCAUUACAAACAACACAACUGCCACAGUGCCACCGCUAUUUGUGACCCCCAUUGCUGGCUGCCACCCGCCACCAGUUGCUGCCUACCCCCAUUUCAGUGCCGGGGGGCCCUUAAUCUUAUUUAGUUUUGUUGCACGUUCUGAAUUAGAAGCUAGCCCUGUUUCUUUUUGGGUAUGGAAAUAGGGCAGCUUUUUGGGCUUCAAAAAUAUUCAAUCUCAGUAACUGCUAACCCAAUCAAAACAUGUGUCCUCUUGGGUUAAAUAUCAAGACCCAUAUUUUCUGUUUGUGAAUGUACCUGAGAUGAAUGUCCAUUAGAACUAUGAUGAAUGUUCUAGAUUAUUUUUUUUAAAGACAAUUGUGUAAAUGCAAAUUUUCAAAGAUUUAUUCUUUUUUCUUGGGUAGUUGUGUCUUUAUAACUGACAGUGUAAUUAUGGCAUCUGUACUGAGAACUGAUGGUUGAAAUUUCA